AUGAGACAUAAAGAACAUUGUGAUAGUUCCCCCUUUAUUCUUGGAGAAGUUCCUGCCCUCAACAACCAACUUUUUCAAACAAUUGGGUUGGAUUAUGGGAAUUGCUCAUUGCAUCAGCUCUGCUCUGGCUUCCAGGAAGUGAACACAGCUUUUGUCAUUGAUCUGACUGACAAUCCAUUGGAAAGUCUCCCUGAAGACCGCUUCCGAGGAUUCACACAGCUGCAGACCCUUGCUUUGCCCCAGAAGCUGGACUGUCCUGGAGGCAGUGAAGUAUGGAAAAAUGUCACCAUCCAAGGAAACAAUCGUAUCUGUCAUGACCAGAGGAACUCCUGCAAUGGCUCAUUGGGACUUGUUUGGGUAUGCCCAGAGGGAUCACUUUGUACUUCUGAUGGACCCGGCUUGUCCCAGUGCCUCUGUGUAGAUCCAUACCAUGGCUAUAAAUGCUUGCGCCAGGGCAAUUUUCCAUACCUGCUGUUCUUUGGAACUUUGGGAGCCAUCACUAUCACUCUCUCCACCUUCCUUUGGACCACACAGCGGCACAAAGCCAAAACCAUUUAGUGGCCUCUCCAUUCUCCUGGCCCACCCGCAGUACACAAAGGAGGUGCUAGUCUACAGUCUUGUCUGCUGUCUGUUGUUACCCUUUGGUUUUGGAAUUGGAGGUUCUCAAUUUUUCCGGGGGAAAUAAUUUUUUGGACUGGAGCCUGUCACUCUGUUACAUGUUCGGACACAUGGGAGAACACUGGGAGAACACUGUAGCAGUUAUUGUACAGGAACACAUUAUUUUCAGCUAGCCCGGUUGGCUUGCCAAUGCAUAGAAACGGGGGAUAAAAGAUAUAAAGAAGUGGGGAAAAUUAAUGUCUUAUUGGAUGUUAGAUAUUCUUUGGAUUGUACAUUCAGUUUCUAAUAAAGUAAAACAACUAAUCAGG